GCCCCGACCUCGACGGUCGCCGUGGCCCCUGUCGCGUCUGCCUUGGAGAAGAAGACAAAGAGUAAGGGGCCCUACAUCUGCGCCCUGUGCGCCAAGGAAUUUAAAAACGGCUACAACCUCCGGAGGCACGAAGCCAUCCACACGGGAGCCAAGGCCGGCCGGGUCCCCUCGGGUGCUAUGAAGAUGCCCACCAUGGUGCCCCUGAGCCUCUUGAGCGUGCCCCAGCUGAGCGGAGCCGGCGGGGGAGGGGGAGAAGCGGGUGCCGGCGGCGGCGCGGCCGCAGUGGCCGCCGGUGGCGUGGUGACCACGACCGCGUCGGGAAAGCGCAUCCGGAAGAACCAUGCCUGCGAGAUGUGCGGCAAGGCCUUCCGCGACGUCUACCAUCUGAAUCGACACAAGCUGUCGCAUUCUGACGAGAAGCCCUACCAGUGCCCGGUGUGCCAGCAGCGCUUCAAGCGCAAGGACCGCAUGAGCUACCACGUGCGCUCACAUGACGGCGCUGUGCACAAGCCCUACAACUGCUCCCACUGUGGCAAGAGCUUCUCCCGGCCGGAUCACCUCAACAGUCACGUCAGACAAGUGCACUCAACAGAACGGCCCUUCAAAUGUGAGAAAUGUGAGGCAGCUUUUGCUACAAAGGAUCGACUCCGGGCGCACACAGUACGACACGAAGAGAAGGUGCCAUGUCAUGUGUGUGGCAAGAUGCUGAGCUCGGCUUAUAUUUCGGACCACAUGAAGGUGCACAGCCAGGGCCCUCACCAUGUCUGUGAGCUCUGCAACAAAGGCUUCACCACGGCAGCAUACCUGCGCAUCCACGCGGUGAAGGACCAUGGGCUCCAGGCCCCGCGGGCUGACCGCAUCCUGUGCAAGCUGUGCAGCGUGCACUGCAAGACCCCUGCCCAGCUGGCCGGCCACAUGCAGACCCAUCUGGGGGGGACCGCCCCCCCUGUCCCGGGAGACGCCCCCCAGCCACAGCCCACCUGCUGAGGGGGACCCCUGCACCCACCAGGUACUGGUGAGGUUUGUCCAAUGGCGGCAGCGGCGGCGGCGGCGGCGGCGGCGGCAGCAGCAGCAGCGGUGGCAGCCCCUCCUACAGCUGUGGGCUCCCUCUCUGGGGCUGAGGGGGUGCCUGUGAGCUCUCAGCCACUUCCCUCCCAGCCCUGGUGAGCUCCAAGUUGGUGGGGGGAGAGAGGGGAGAGUGGAGGAAAGUCCCUUGGUGCAAUCUCCUCUCCCCCGCUCUCUUCCCACCAACUCCUCACUACUUCCCCCACCAACCAAGGAGCCUCCAGAAGGAAAGGAGGAAGAAAUGUUUUCUUAGGGGAAUUUGCUAGGUUUUAAUGAUUUGUUUCUCCUGCUCCUCUCUUCUCCCUAUCAGACCUGACCCCACACACACCUGUCCCCUUGGUUGUGUUGAAGUCCCCUGGACGGUGGGCAGGGGUGGCAGAGGACAGGAGCAGCCACUGCCCUUACCCCUCUCCUCUCUGUAAUCCCCUGCCCGCCCAGGGAUUCGUGAGCCUUUCCCUCAAUGGUCCUUCUUGCUCUCCUCCUCCAGUACUCUCCCCCUACUGUCUGCUGACCCUCCCUGGGGAGUUGGUGCUUUCUUUUUUUUUUUUUUUUUUUUUUUUUCCCGGGGGGGAGGGAGGAGAGGAAGGAGGGGAAUACAAAGAUUCUGUCCCAGAGAGGGAAAAAGGUGAGAUUGGAGAUGGGGCAGAAGCAGGGUAGGCAAAGAUUGUACCUUCAUGACGUAGGGUUGUUUGGGGUCAGGCCCUAAACAUCAUCCUACCUGAGAAUCUGUCAGGGGGAAAAAGAGGCAAGGGGGCAAAAGGAAGAGCCACUGGGGCCAGAGGCAGAACAGGAGAUGGAAUCUUAGGGGGCCAGGGUAACUGAGGGGAUCCAGGGACUCGAGGUGCUUCCUGGGGUGGGGGGAAUGCAGCCACAGUGUCUCCCCCUUCCCUCUUCCACCCCAGCUCCACCCCUGGUCUUUUCACCCCUCUUCCCCACAACAGAAGCUGUGGCCCUGGCCAUGUCAUCGUGUUCCUGUGUCCCCUGCAUGUUCCCCACCCUCCACUCCCUCCUCUUGCGCGGAUCCCAUUACAAUAAAUUUUAAAUAAAAACCUG